CUCCACUACCUCCAGUACCUCAAGGUCCAAUUAAACCUUUUAAUAUGCUUUGACACAGGAGCCAAGGUUGCUAGGAGACCACCUGUGCUGAAUGUACUUGACCUAGCAAGAGCAGACUGAGGAAGAAAAACAAAAACAAAUAAGGAGCUCCUUACCUACUACUACCUGGGAUUGAUUCAGGGAGCAGGAAAAUUCUGAAUAUGACUGGAAAAAGUUGGAUAUUAAUUUCUACUACUACCCCCCAAAGUCUGGAAGAUGAAAUUGUGGGGAGACUUCUAAAAAUUUUGUUUGUUUUAUUUGUUGACCUAAUGUCUAUUAUGUAUGUUGUUAUAACUUCUUAG